ACAGAACUCCAACUUCUCUGCCGAUAUAAUGACUCCAACUCCAGGGGAAAGCUUCUGAAGUGAAGCUACGAUAAAUACAUCAGGACAGGAAAAAGAAAUACUAGGACGUGGAGAGACGGUUACUGUGACAUCCAUCUGCAGAGAAGUAAUCUUUAAGAACAACAAGACUGAAGAAAGCAAGCGUGUAGAAGAUGAGAGCAGAGCAACAGACUGAAAUUUUCUAACAGGAUCUCAAGAGCAUGCUGACGUCAUCUGUGUGUUUCCAUCUGAUACAGACAGCGAUCAUAAACAUUCAACUCAUUGAUUAUAUAUUGAGAGUUGCAGAGCCAGGGGUCCCUCAAGAACCAGUGGCCAAACAUCCACUGAUGAUACAUGGAAGCUUAGAAAAUCUCUAAUUCAAAUCCUGACAUGAUGGAAGUGUCCACAAACCAGCCAACACCUAAUAAAACCAGUGGCAAGAGCAACAACUCUGCAUUUUUCUACUUUGAAUCCUGUCAACCCCCUUUUCUAGCCAUACUCUUGCUACUCAUAGCAUAUACUGUGGUCCUAAUCAUGGGCAUUUUUGGAAACCUCUCUCUUAUCAUCAUCAUCUUUAAGAAACAGAGAGAAACUCAAAAUGUUACCAACAUACUGAUUGCCAAUCUGUCCCUCUCUGACAUCUUGGUGUGUGUCAUGUGCAUCCCUUUUACAGUCAUCUACACUCUGAUGGACCACUGGGUAUUUGGGAAUGCUAUGUGUAAACUCACUUCCUAUGUGCAAAGUGUCUCCGUCUCUGUGUCCAUAUUCUCCCUUGUGUUGAUUGCUAUUGAACGAUAUCAGCUGAUUGUGAACCCCCGUGGCUGGAAACCCAGGGUAUCUCAUGCCUAUUGGGGCAUCAUCUUGAUUUGGCUUAUUUCUCUGACAUUGUCUAUUCCCCUAUUCCUGUCCUACCACCUCACCAAUGAGCCCUUUCAUAAUCUCUCUCUGCCUACUAACAUCUACACCCACCAGGUAGCCUGCGUGGAGAUUUGGCCUUCUAAACUGAACCAGCUUCUCUUUUCCACAUCAUUAUUUAUGCUCCAGUAUUUUGUCCCUCUGGGUUUCAUUCUUAUCUGCUACCUGAAGAUUGUUAUCUGCCUCCGAAAAAGAACUAGGCAGGUGGACAGGAGGAGGGAAAAUAAGAACCGUCUCAAUGAGAACAAGAGGGUAAAUGUGAUGUUGAUCUCCAUCGUAGUGACUUUUGGAGCCUGUUGGCUGCCCUUGAACAUCUUCAAUGUCAUCUUUGACUGGUAUCAUGAGAUGCUGAUGAGCUGCCACCACGACCUGGUAUUUGUAGUUUGCCACUUGGUUGCUAUGGUUUCUACAUGCAUAAACCCUCUCUUUUAUGGAUUUCUCAACAAAAAUUUCCAGAAGGAUCUAAUGAUGCUCAUUCACCACUGUUGGUGUGGUGAACCUCAGGAAAGAUAUGAAAAUAUUGCCAUGUCCACUAUGCACACAGAUGAAUCCAAGGGAUCGUUAAAAGUGGCUCACAUACCAACAGGCAUAUAGAAACUAGUAAGCAAAAUCAUAGCCCUUCUAGUGUGAAAGAAGUGGAAGGAAUAGCAUGGAAUAGGGCAAGGUGCAGAGGAAGCCAGAGUUAAACACAUAAUACCUUUGGGCCCAGUUUUGCUUUAAGUUAAACAUGUCUAUUCCAUUCAGCCAUAAAACACACAGAGAUUUAUCCUUACCCUUUCUUUGUUCCCCUUGGAAGAAGAAUAACUCAAGCAACCUAGCCAUCAUUACUGAGGUAGAGAACAAAAAUGAGAAAGCAUACAAGGACAGCAGAGAUGUCUAGGGUACAAAAUUCAUGUUAUUCCCUGGAAUAGCCACAAAGUUAUUAGUUGUGUUACAGGGAGGAAAAACCCACGCUAUGCCUUCUUUACAUCAAAGAAAUUCAACUUUCAUAUGUGAAACUUUAACUUUCAACACAUAACUAUUCAAUCAAUUAGAUAAAUCAAAAAGCAUAGUAUCAUAAAUUAUUAGUUAAUUAUAUCUGGAUUAUAAUUGAAAGCUUGUUUUAACAUUUAUACUGAGCACUAUAGUUAUAAUUAAUUUCACUAUCUGAAUCAGAUCCUGAAGUUGUCAUAAUACUCCAUUUCUUUUACUAACAAUGCUAUUAAAACUAGGGAAACUAGUCAUAGAUUCAAUAGCACUCCAAUUAUAACAGAGAUCAUUUUAACUAAUGAAUGUUCUGUAUUGAUAGAGAUUUCAUUACAAAAUGGCCUUUUAUCCUGAUGCCUUUGUGUAUAUUAAGUAGGGGUUCAUUAUAACUUUGUAAACUGGGAGAUUAUUAUCAACAGCAGCAUUAUAAUUAACUCCAGCUUCCCAGAAAAUUAUCAUCUAUCUCAUUACUUAAACAUUAAUCAAGAAUAUUCACUAAAUAAGACCAUCAGCUAGAUUAUUUACAAGAUAAUUAUCCUUUUGUUUAAACAACUGUUAGCUCAGAGACUUCUACCAAUUCCCACAAGCUUUACCAUUUCCUUAGGUAAACCUCCCAGAUACUUACUAAAUUUGACUGCAGCCUAUGUGUGCCAUAUACAAAUGUAAGCAUGUCUUCUUUUGAAUAAAUAUUCUCC